AUGGUAUCUUCCAUGGCUGAAGGUUUGAUCUACGACGUAAAACUAUCCUCCGUCGGGCCCGGAAAUGCGAUCGAGCCCGACAUGGUUCACGAGCCGAGUGACAUGGACUUGGCUAUGAAGCUUCACUACUUGAAAGGAAUCUACUAUUUUGGCAAGCAGGCAUUUGAGGGCUUGACCACCAUCAACAUAAAGGAGCCCUUGUUCAUAUUGUUGAACGAUUUCCCAGUUAUCUGUGGACGGUUUCGUAGAGCCGAGUCGGGCCGGCCUUACAUCAAGUGCAAUGACUGUGGGGUGAGAUUCCUUGAAGCAAAGUGUGAGAAAACAAUGGAUGAAUGGUUGGAGAUGAUCAAGGAGAAUGCUUCCCUUGAGAAGUAUCUGACUCCAAACCAGAUCAUUGGUCCCGAAAUAGCAUUUUCUCCUACUGUUCUCUUACAGUACACUAAAUUCAAAUGUGGAGGAAUGUCUGUGGGCCUGAGCUGGGCCCAUGUUCUUGGAGAUGCAUUCUCAGCUGCAGAAUUCUUGAACCUAUUGGGAAAGGUGGUAGCAGGUGAAAAGCCCAAUAGGCCCAUUAAAACAAAGUCCACAAAUUCUGAAAGCCUAUUAAAGGAUAUGGAAGAUCCCCUUUCAGUCAAACGGGCCGGCCCGGUUGGAGACAAUUGGAUAACAGUCAAUAACAGUAAAAUGGAAGCAUUUUCCUUCAGUGUUAAUGCCGCACAAUUGAGCCAUCUGCAGUCAAAAAUAAGUAGCAAUGCCACUGAUUUUUCUCCAUUUGAAGCUAUUUCUGCUGUCAUUUGGCAAUGUGUAGCGAAAAUUCGCGAAUCGGAACCAAAAGUUGUGACAAUAUGCAAGAUGAUGGAACAAAACAAGGCAGAUGGGAAUAAUCAACUUAUGAGUGUUGUUAAAGCUGCUUAUCCCAUUGUGGAAGCCAACCCUAGUGAGCUAGCAGAGUUGAUGAAAAAUUCAGCAUUCGACCAACGAGAAAAGAUCGAAAAUGCAAUCAAGAAAGACAACGGAGUCUCUGAUUUAAUUGUUUAUGGCGCGAAUUUAACUUUUGUGAAUCUUGAAGAAGCAAAGUUUUACGAAUUUGAUUACCGUGGAGAGAAGCCAGUUUACGUUAGCUAUCGAGUCGAUGGUGUUGGUGAUGAAGGGGCUGUUUUUGUGCUUCCGGGGCCACCGAAGAAUGGAGGAAUGACUGUUAUGGCAAUUUUGCCAGAGAAUGAAGUGACUGAGCUUAAAUUAGAGUUGAAAACAGAGUGGUUUAUGGAUUAA